AUUCUUGAUUUUUAAAUAACUGGUUGGCGGCAUAUAUGUUCUCACUGUGUUCUUCUCUGCAAACAAAGCCAGUCAACUCAUUCAUGAUCGAAAAUUGAACAAUCCAAUUCAUGCCAAUCUCAUUCUCACUAUCCUUUCUUUCCACCCCACAUAACAAUUCAGUUUCAACUACAUGUCACUAUCACACUCUUCUUCUAACCACUUAUGCGCAUUACUCAAACUUUGCUGCGAAACCCGCAACUUCACCAAUGCAAAAAGUCUCCAUUCUCACAUCAUCAAAACCUUUCCAAACCCAGAAACCUUUCUCUUAAACAAUCUCAUCGCCUCCUAUGCGAAACUCAACUCCAUCACGUAUGCCCGCAGGGUGUUCGAUCAAAUACCUCACCCGAAUCUAUACUCCUGGAACACCAUUCUCUCGGCUUAUUCCAAAUUGGGCUUCGUUCCUGAGAUGGAAUACAUGUUUAAUAAAAUGCCAACACGAGAUGGGGUGUCGUGGAAUUCGAUAAUCUCGGGCUAUGCUGGUUGUGGCUCUGUUUAUCAGUCUGUAAAGGCUUAUAAUUUGAUGUUGAAGGAAGGUUCGUUUAAUUUGAAUCGGAUUACGUUCUCGACUUUGCUUAUACUUGCAUCGAAAAGAGGCUGUGUUAAAUUCGGUAGGCAGAUUCAUGGACAUGUAGUGAAGUUUGGUUUUAUGACGUAUGUUUUUGUUGGGAGUCCUUUGGUGGAUAUGUACUCGAAGAUGGGGUUGAUAGUUUGUGCAAGGAAGGUUUUUGAUGAGUUGCCUGAGAAGAAUGUUGUUAUGUAUAAUACUUUGAUAACGGGACUGAUGCGAUGCGGUAGGGUUGAGGAUUCGAAGAGACUGUUUUUUGAUAUGCGGAAAAGGGAUUCGAUUUCGUGGACAUCGAUGAUUACGGGGUUUACUCAAAAUGGGUUGGACAAAGAAGCGGUUGAUUUGUUUAGAGAUAUGAUAUUUGAAAAGAUGGAGAUGGAUCAGUAUACAUUUGGAAGUGUUUUAACUGCUUGUGGUGGUGUCGCGGCUUUACGAGAAGGAAAGCAGAUUCAUGGUUAUAUUAUUAGGACUGAUUAUAAGGAUAACAUAUUUGUUGCUAGCGCCCUUGUUGACAUGUAUUGCAAGUGUAAGAAUAUAAAAUCAGCAGAGACAGUUUUCAAAAAGAUGACUUGCAAGAAUGUUGUAUCUUGGACUGCAAUGUUAGUGGGUUACGGACAAAAUGGUUAUAGUGAAGAAGCUGUUAAAACUUUUAGUGAUAUGCAAAAACAUGGGAUUGAGCCAGAUGAUUUCACCUUUGGAAGUGUAAUUAGCUCAUGUGCAAACCUUGCCAGCCUUGAAGAGGGUGCCCAAUUCCAUGCUAGAGCUCUCAUUUCUGGCCUAAUUUCUUUUAUUACUGUUUCCAAUGCUCUUGUUACAUUAUAUGGUAAAUGUGGAAGCGUUGAAGACUCCCAUAAACUUUUUAGUGAAAUGAGCUUCAGAGAUGAAGUCACAUGGACUGCACUUGUUUCUGGAUAUGCUCAGUUUGGUAAAGCCAACGAAACAAUCAGGUUGUUUGAAAGCAUGUUAGCGCAUGGUUUAAAACCUGACAAGGUUACAUUUAUUGGGGUUCUUUCAGCUUGCAGUAGAGGAGGAUUAGUGGAAAAAGGAAAUCAAAUAUUCGAAUCGAUGAUUAAGAAACAUGGGAUUGUACCGAUUCAAGAUCAUUACACCUGCAUGAUUGAUCUCUUCAGUCGAUCUGGGAGGUUAGAAGAAGCGAAGACUUUUAUAAACAAUAUGCCUUUCAGUCCUGAUGCAAUUGGUUGGGCAACAUUGUUGAGUUCAUGUAGAUUCUACGGGAACAUGGAAAUUGGCAAGUGGGCAGCUGAGUUUCUUAUGGAAUUAGAUCCACAUAACACUGCUAGCUACGUCUUACUUUCAAGCGUCUAUGCUGCUAAAGGAAAAUGGGAGGAAGUUGCCAGAUUAAGAAAAGGCAUGAGAGAUAAGGGUCUCAGAAAGGAACCGGGAUGCAGCUGGAUCAAAUACAAGAACCAAGUGCACAUUUUCUCUGCCGAUGAUAAGUCAAAUCCAUUUUCAGAUCAAAUUUAUUCUGAGCUUGAAAAGUUGAACUACAAAAUGAUCAAAGAGGGUUAUGUGCCUGAUAUGAAUUCUGUUCUGCAUGAUGUUGAGGAUUCAGAGAAAAUAAAGAUGCUAAAUCACCAUAGUGAAAAGCUUGCAAUUGCCUUUGGAUUGUUAUUUAUUCCUCCUGGUCUGCCCAUACGAGUAGUGAAAAAUCUGAGGGUUUGUGGGGAUUGCCACAAUGCAACUAAAUAUAUAUCUAAGAUCACCCAAAGAGAGAUUCUUGUAAGAGAUGCAGCCCGGUUCCACUUGUUUAAAGAUGGAACGUGUUCAUGUGGAGACUUUUGGUGAUCAUGUAUUGAAGUCACUGCACAUGGGGUAGCAUUAUGUUCUUUUGUAUCUAUUAAACUUCUUCACUAUCCCCCAUUAUUCAUUUCUAUUAAAGUCGGCCGGGCAUAGCUCAACCUCUUAAAACAAGUUUUAAGACGAGAGAUGCCCAUUUUUUAUAAACAAUUUUAUAGUCUUAUCUCUAGUUAGUGUGACACUUGAGAUUUUACAAUAUGUCCUUUACACCUAACACUAAUGGAUUUGGUGAGUGGAUAAUAUAGUGGGUGGUAUCCAGUGAAUCUAUGAUAGACUUCGAUACCAUCAUAGAAUUGAGUUUAAUCCCACAUAACCGACUUUAAGGUUAGUGGUGCAUGUAUCUUAUAGAUUCUUUUUCAGAUCUUAUCACUAAAUAAUGUGAGACUUUGGUUAGCUUUUCCCUAUAAUUU